AUGGCAACAUCCACAGAGGUGCCGGACUAUAUUAAUGAGCAACCGAGAAAUGGACAGAAAAACAGCAGCAAUACAAAUCAAACAGAGAGAAGAAUCCCUCGGCUGCUGUUACUCAGCUUCGGUGUGCUGUGCAUCGUACAAGCUGUUCUCAACAUUUCUCUGCGCCUUUCGUUGAACUCCGGCCAGGUAUCAGAUCCCCUUGUCUGCAACACAACUACCAAACAAAGCAAGAAGACGGAUGUGGUAGAUGACUGUAAGAGAAAGACGCCCAGUGGUUUCAACAGCUUACAAGACCGCUUCAAUGCCCUGACUAGAGAGACGGACCUGAUUAUAAGUAAGCUGGAGGAGGAGAGGGACCAACUGAAAUGGAAGAUAAGGGACAAGAGUGGUUGUGUGUCCUCUCAACAGUGUCCGACAGGCUGGAUUGAGAGGAACUCAAGAUGUUACUUUCAGUCCGGAUACCAAUUGACAUGGGAGGAAAGCAGAAACUACUGUAAGAGCAAUGGAGCUGACCUGGCGGUGAUCAACAGUGAACAGGAACUGAUAUUCUUGGGCCAUCUGAACCGUUGUCUUGCCGGGUACUGGAUUGGUCUGCAUCGAACGAAUGGGGAAUUCAGAUGGAUUGAUGGAUCUGCACUGACCAAAGAAUCCUUGAAGCCUGAUGUCCUGAGAAGUCCAUACAAUUGUGUGGUGAUGAAUCUCUACACAUCAGUGCAGAACAGCUGGAGAGAAGCCCCUUGUCAAAAAAGAAUUUCUGGUUGUGUGAGACAGAUCUUUGUCCCCCACCCUGAUGAAGAACAUAAUAUUAUGUGUCUAUACAUGUGAAUAAAUGAAUACGCUUUUACACAGAAGAACAUAUAUGUUCACAUUCAAAUAAAUAUGUAUAGAUUUAAGCAACAAUAGACAAUUUGUACUUGGC